CACUCUUAUCCACACCUUUUACGUCAGUAGGCUUCGUGCUCCAAGUAGAUAGUUUGUGUUAAUUGUAUGUUUUUGGUCGAAAAAACCUGCUCGUCGUGUAAUUUGCGGACUGUAGUGAGCGAUAAUUUAGAUAUCGCAUGGUAAAUGUUUUAUGAUUAUUUGAAGUGCUAAAACUUUACAUUUGAGCAGUGCAGCAACUAUUUCUAUCAGCUAAAGAUGAACAAAAAGUGUGCCAGGUGUGAAAAGACCGUGUAUCCUAUUGAAGAGUUAAAAUGCUUGGACAAGGUGUGGCACAAGCUCUGCUUCAAAUGCCAAGUCUGCAACAUGACGCUCAGCAUGAAGACGUACAAAGGCUUCAACAAGCAGCCUUACUGCGAAGCGCAUGUUCCCAAGGCAAAGGCAACUACCAUGGCAGAGACACCAGAACUCAAGAGAAUAGCAGAAAAUACAAAAAUUCAAAGUAAUGUGAUGUACCAUGCGGAGUUCGAAAAAGCAAAAGGAAAAUUCACUCCGGUGGCUGAUGAUCCUGAAAUACUACGUAUUAAACAAAAUUCAAAGAUUAUAAGCAAUGUUGCAUACCAUGGUGACCUGGAGAAAAAAGCGGCUAUGGAGCAGAAAAGGGUUAUGAGUGGUGAAAAUGGUGACAGUGUCCACGAGAGUGAAGAAGUGACUGAUCAUCUUGAUCAGUUGACCUCGCAAUUUGAAAAUGUGCCUGUGGCCCCAACAACACAACUACCCCCUCCUGCUGACCCUGUGUUACGUGUUCAUCAGCCAGGAAAAAUUGCAGAUUAUGAUCCCCUUUCUGAGGGGCCACGCAAUUCUCCAUACUCUGCAAGGCAGUCAGCUACUGUCAUUUAUACAUCAGAUCGAGGACCAGUUAUGAGCCCCCCAGGUCGCCAAGUUGGAUCAGUUGCUGAUCUAGACCCAGUAAAUGACUUCUAUGGCUCACUUUCAGCAGCAGAUAGGUCAGCUGCUAAUGCAAACAGACAGUCUGCUAAUCAGUCACAUGGACAGUCAAUGGGACCAGGAAGGCAAGGGAGGGUGUAUCGUGCGAUGUACAACUAUGAUGCACAGGACUCUGAUGAAGUAUCUUUCAUGGAUGGUGACUUAAUCAUUAAUUGCAGCCCAAUAGACGAAGGUUGGAUGACAGGUCUUGUUGAGCGCACGGGUCAGACAGGAAUGUUGCCAGCCAAUUAUGUUGAGCCAGUUAAUUGAAGAUAGAAUAAAUAAACAAAAUAUCAUUUAUACAGAAAGAAAAUACUAAUGUCCUGAACAGAGACAUGACACAGUGCUUUUGAUUAAUUUUAAGUGAUUAUUAAAUCAGGAGCACUGAGUCCAAUUAUAUUGAUGAGUAAGAGCAGUGAAGUGGAAUGCCUUCAAUAUUACUGUUACUACAUAAUUGUUCAUGGUAUAUUUUAUGAUAGCUUUUAAUAAUUGACCUUUUAAAUUUUGAUAGUAGCAUUUACACUGUUCUUAGAACUUGUAUGCCUUCUCCAGUAAACAUGUUGCUCUUGUGUACAUAAGAAAAAGGCUAUAGUAUUUUUAUAAGACAUUUACAAUCUUGUUGUAUUCUAUUUACACAGAUGAGAGUUCUGAUUAUAGUUUGAGAGGAAAAGAGGGUGCUAACUGGUUAAUAUAGUGACUAGGCAGUAUUUUUGUUAAAAUUAUUCUAUGGCCAUGUUAUUUUUCAGUAUAGUAUUUUACUAUUUUGUAACUCUUUGCCCACAUUGUAAUUUAAAAUAUUAUAUAUAUAAUAUAUAUAUAUAUAUAAUGUAUUUUGAACUGUUGUAGCUCUUUUUUAUAGAAGUCACACUUUUGAUGUGUUUGUAUUAAAAUGAAUACAGAAUAUAUUGCCCUUCUGCCAACUGUUGAAAGGCAGUGGUCUGUCCUAAAGCUGAGUAAGAACUUUUGACUGAAGUUGUUAAGAUAUGAAGUUCACAAAAGUCUAGUUCAUAUUUGGUGUAGUGAGCAGCUAAUGUAUCAUGGCUAUUAUCUUGGUUUAAAUCUAUUACCAUAUUAAUACCUAUAUAAGUGGCCAAUACAAAUUAUUAACUGCUAGUAUGUGUGAGCAUUAACCCAAAACCUGCAUCAGGGAAUUUUUCAUUCCACACACUUACAAAUGCCAUGUUGAAUACAACUAAAGUAACUAAAUCAUCUAUUAUGCUUCCUCCCUCUUUGUUCAUUUUAUUUGAAUGAAAUUGUAGCAAAUUUACUUGCAUUAGAUUGUAUUUUAUUAAUUGCAAAUGUCACAAAAAUAGUUUUGCAGUAGCUUGCAGUGACUGAAAGUCAUACUUGGCCAACUGUAUUAAGUUUAUUUUGUAAUGUCUUGUUUUGUGUUGAAAUGUUGUACAUUUGCACAGAUAUCAAGAAAGUAUCAGUGUUAAGUUUUUGUUGCUGAUACUUUGUUGUUGUACUAACCAAAAUGUACCUUUAAUGUUACAGUUGAGCCUUCUAGAAAUCCAAAUUAUGCAUUCAUUUUCUGCUAACAGAAUUGUCAUUGCAUUUUGAAUGCAGUACACACAGCAGUUCUACCUUUAACUAUGUAUCAAUUUUUUUUACUGAAUGAUCAGAUUAAUUUAAAUGUUUAAGUUUGAAGGAAGUUUAAAAAUGUUUACCAUUUUUUUUUUUUACAUAUAUAAUGUUUCACUUGCAGCAGUUUGAGUUACAUAUUAUUCUGAUAAACCUUAGGUUCUGCAGCAUAACCAGAAAAGUAACCUCAGUAUUUUUUAUUUUUGUUGAAACUUCUCCCCGUACUAUUACAUUCCAGUUUACGUUUUCCUAAAUUUCUUUAGUUUAACUUAAUUUCUGAACGACUCAUUUUAUGUUGCUAUCAGUACGUUUGAAGUAAUGUCGCAGUUCUUCACAUACAUGAUAAAUUGUCUUGGGGUUUGCUGUAAUCACCAUUAUUCUGUAGAAUAGACAGUGCUACUCACUAUUUAAGUUCCUCACCUACUCGUCAUGAAGAUAGCCUUUGAGCGACAGGAAGUAACUUUUUGUUCAGUCAGGUUCCAGAUAUAUGCAGAAGUAUUACCUAAUGACACUCGUUACUGGUUGAGGAGAUUUUUGUAUCUCCUUUAAGUGAUUGAAACAUUAUAAUUUCUGUAUCAUCAUGUUUUGCAUGAACUACUCUAUGGGAGUUUCUAAGUGGUCAUUUUGUAAGCACUGUUGUAAGAUCCUUACACAGAUUGGUAGCAGUGUGUAUUAAAUUUGCAAACAUCAUGUAGUGCACUGCUUUUGAAUGUGUUGGCCAAUGGUUAUUCUAUUUUGUUGUCUUACGGGCUUUUGUUUAAUCUUUGGUUACUGCAAUGAUAUGAAUACUGGAAAGUAGAUACCAUCAUAUAAUGUUGGGUAUCAUUGUGAUAACUGCCAUGUAUCCAUUAUAGCAGUAAUAUGACCAUUCUCUUACAGUGGUGUACAGUAUUGUUAGAUUUACAGAAGUGAUAACUAUGGUGGGGUUUCAUGCAUAAUUUUGUAUUUAAAAUUUCCAGAACUUAAUCCUUGGAAAGGCACUCUUCCUUUAGGAUUUUUCAGGGUAAAUCCCUGGACAAAUGUUGUCGGCAUAAAUGGUGUAAACUCAUUCUUUGUGUACACAGCAGUUUGAUAGUUCUUUUAGUGUUUACAAAGAGUUGCUUGCCACCACCAUAAUAAUUAUAAAAUGUAAUUUCAUAAUUUGUGCAGUAUUUUUCUGAAUUGUAAUAAUUACUGGUUAUUCAUGCUCAGAUUUCAGUUUAUUUGUAAUAUUUUUUUUUUCUUUUUUUCACAAUCACUAAUGAAGUUAUCAUUCCUUACAUGUUAUGAAAAAAUGUUGAGUGAGUCUCGCCAGUGUAACUAUGCUCUUGUCACUCUUUUUUAACUUAAGUCGAACUGUGUCACUCAUGUUCUGCAAUGUAUGAGAAAUACGUCGGGAAAGCUUCGAAUUUAGAAAGAAAGAACUGAAGUAGAUAAAAUCAUUUGAUUGUUUUAAGCUGCAUUUAUACAACUGAAUAUGUUGAUUCAUGGUGAUAGCAAUAGUGUCUACUUUGUAGGGAUGGUAAAGAUAUGUUUUUGACCAGAAACUGCUCAGAAACUCUUUAAAACUCACAUUUCAGGUGGAGAUAAAAGGAACCGUGAAGUGUAGAAGGCAUAGCCCCAAAAAAAGUCACAUUCCAAGCAAAAUACAGUUUAAUAUCAGCUGGCAUUUAAUUUACAAAUAAUUUUUGUAAUAACCAUUACAUUCUGUAUUUUUUCAUUUUUAUAAUCAGAAGAAAUCCUGUAAAAGUUCUACAAUGAAAGUUGCAGUUGAGGAACAUUUUUUCCUAUUUGCAAUAGUAUAAUUUGAACUGGAAUUUGAGGGACCACAUACUUGUAUUUUGUUAAUAUGGCAUUUAAGAAAUGUUAAAAAGAGAAUACUGUAUUGUACUAAAAGUUAAAUGAAAUGAAAAUAAAAAAUAUUAUUUAAAA